AUGAAUGAUCAACCAACUCGGAGUUUCCAGUCAUUCAAGACCGACCUUCUUCAAUACCGACUGGACCAUCUGGAGAGUAUCACGUUACGUAACAUCAAGAUGCAGUCGGCACAGAACUGGGGUGCAGUCAUGCAUCAUCUCUCCACCAUCACUACUCUCGAGAAGGGCUCUUUAUACAAGCUCUCAAGCAGCGUGUCGGCACCCUCGCCCAGCCAGGACAGUACAGACUUCUUGGAUAUCCACCGCUACGAGAUCGAAGGGGUUGGCAUCAAGCACGAACUCUGUGAUCUCGCAGCUCUACUGGUACUAUCUGCAGACGAUCCCAAGAAAUGGAAGCACGACUUAGGUCUCAAGAUCAACAACCCAGUAAAAGCGAGAAGAGUUGUUACCGGGGUAGAGCAUCAUGGGGCGGAGCAACUUGCUGUGUGCAAGCCUGACGAGGAAGUGACGAUUGCCCCAACCAUAAUUGCAAGUCAUCCACAGCACAUGCGGAGCUCAGUCCUUACCAUCAUUGAAGACACGCGCACUAUAUCUGUCAUCUCCAACGUUAACGUUACAAAAAAGCAAACUUGUAACCAUCUGAUUGUUGAUCAAGACAUCACCCCCGUCAAGCCGGGUCCGGUCCAAGAGGUCAACACAGCAGCAGUCGAGAGGUCGCUGGACCUCGACGAUCAUAUUGCCUUCUCCGACUCCUGCCGCAACGAAAUGUUUAACGAGUUGACUCCAGUCAUCACUCAAAUCGAGUCUCAUCACAAGCUGGAGCCUUCUGAGCAGGACGAAGAUAUCGGCGAGUGGGCCGAGACCCUCUGCAACGAGCUCAACGAACUGUUUCUAUAG